AUGUCCCAACACCGGACGAAAAAGGCCACGGAGGCAAAAGAAAAAACUGCCUUCUUUACAGCCCGCACGCCGCAGCAUAAAGCCGCCGACCCUCAGACCCAAGAUGGCGCCGGCCAGGAAUGCGAUAUGGAACGCGACGAAACAGUAAGCAGACAAGAAGACUGCCCCAUGACCCAAAGUCUCCUGCAAACUAUGUUAGAUGCAGCAGUCACCAAAAUGCAAACUGCUGUUACAACUGCUUUAAAUGACAUAAGGAAAGGCUUAAAGGAGAUAGAAGGACCUCCCACCUGGAGGACAGCAUGGAAAGCCUCACAGGGGCCUGCAAUGAUGCUGACACACGCCUCAGCAUACUUGAGGAACAGAUACACAGACAAGAGACCAAAUUGGCGGAUGCCGAAGAUAGAUCACGCCGCAAUAAUAUACGGCUAAGAGGUGUACCAGAAGAUAUUGUUCCGCAAAAUCUAACAGCCUAUGCUGUGGAGCUUUUCCACGCCUUACUUCCCGACAUCCCCGCAGAAAUGUUUCUACUAGACCGCAUCCACAGGCUCCCCAAGCCACAACACCUACCGCUCACCACACAGAGAGAUGUCCUCAUGAGACUCCACUACUAUCACAUCAAAGAACAGAUCUUGCGGGCGCACCGCACCAAAAAGGACUUACCUACCCAAUUCAAAGACGUACUCCUGUUCAUGGACCUAUCAGCAGAGACACUACGCCGCAGAAGAUCCUUCAAGGCCGUGGCAGACACGCUGAGGCAAAACCGUGUGCCAUAUCGAUGGGGCUAUCCAGCCAAGCUGCUUAUAACAAAGGGAGGAAAAAUCAUCCCGGCUGCUACACCGACAGAAGGACUGAACCUCCUGAAGCAAUGGGGUAUAUCCCACAACACACAGCCAAACCCCAGAAUUCCCGGGAAACAGCUAUCCGACGACUGCCGACCCCAGAAGACGAGACGCACUUCUCCAAGAGAGGACUGA